AUGUCAAAUGAGAAAAAUAAAAAUGAGAGCACAAAUAAAACCAACGAAAUUGGAAAUGCUGAAAAAAAAGAAGAAGCAGAAACAGAAGACAAGAAAUCUCUGAAAUCAAUGAUCUAUCCGAUUGAACCGUCAACGUUAUAUAUUGAUGAUUUGAAGAAUAGUAAGAAAGCAUAUGACGUCACAAUGGACGACCCCUUGGAUAAAUCCUCAGAUUCCAAGCCAAAACUUGGAUUUUUCGAACCCUACAAAAGGCUUUAUGCGUUUGCCGAUAGUAUUGACAUGCAGCUGAUGGCGAUGGGUCUGUUUAGUGCACUACUUCAGUCUGCACUUCCUCCAUUUGUUUGGCUUAUUAUGGGUAAUUUUGUCUCAAUAUCAAUUUUAAGAGAGGAAGGAAAACUUGGACUGAAAAAUCUCACAUCGGAUUACCCAAUCGACGAUCAGUUUGCUCAUUCUGCAACACCCGCUUUCAUUUCGAUGUUGGGACUGUCGAUUGCGAUGUUUAUUGCAGCUUUCUGCCAGCGAAUUGCUUGGGAAAUUUCGUCGAUCCGUCAAGUGUUCCGCAUCAAGAAGGCAUACAUUCGAAAGUUGCUUCUUAUGGAUAUCUCUUGGCUUGAAUCCCGACAGAGUGGUCAUGUUGCCGCAAUGUUGCAAGAAUCUGCUGACUCUAUAUACAAUGGAAUUUCCGAUCAUCUGCCCAUGGUUGUCUUCAUUUUAUCGUACCUACUUGUUAACAUUGGCGUAUGCCUGUACAUUCAGUGGGAUGUGACACUGUUCAUGUGUCUCGCGAUCCCGCUGCUUAUCAUAUCACGUAUACUGUACAGUAAGUGGUUUGCAAACACAAUGGAGGAGGAGACAAAGCUGCAGAACAAAAUCACAAAUCUUGUCAAUGAAACGUUUAAUUGUAUAACUACGGUGAUCUCAUUCGCCGCUCAGAAACAAAAAAUCAACAAGUUCGAGAAGUUAUCUGCAGAACAUAGCAAACUAACAGAGGAACGGUUGAGAUCAUCAGUAGUCUUUGAUAGUUUAACACAGAUCCUCCUGACAGAGCUUAUUUUCACUGGAGCACUUUGUUAUGGGAUUUGGAGGGUUGCUGACAAUUCGCCAGGACGUCUUUGCGCACUUGCAAUCAACAUGCUUUAUAUGUGUGUGACUUCUAUUUCAAUUGGCUUCCACAUGAAUGGAGCCACAAGAGCAAAAGAUAACGCAAAAGAGAUUUGCGAAGUUUUAAACGAGCAGCCAAAAAUUGAAGUGGAACUUGCUUCAAUUGACAACAAUAUCGACUAUGUUCCAGUAACAAGGUGCAAGUAUCGAAGACAGAGUAUGAAGUUUAUGGGGAAGGGAGCUCUUCACUUCCGCGAUAUUCACUUUUCGUAUCCAAGCAGAAAAGAAACUGAAGUACUUCGUGGAAUCUCAUUUAAAGUAGAAGCUGGUGAAAAAAUAGCGAUUGUUGGGAGUAGUGGUAGUGGAAAAAGCACCCUCACUGCUCUACUGCUCCGGUUUUACGAUCCAACUAAAGGAGCUAUAUUACUUGACGGUGAGAAUAUUAAAACGAUGUGUCCGGAUGAUCUCCGAGGACAAUGCUCCCUUGUUAGCCAGGAGCCAGUACUCUUUGAUGGAACGAUCAGUGACAACAUUCGAUAUGGAAGGUUGGAUGCCACUCAGCAAGAAAUUAACGAUGCAGCUAGGAAAGUGGGUGCAUGGAAGUUUAUCAAUAGUUUACCUGAUGGAAUGCAGACCAGAGUUGGAGAACGAGGGCACCAAUUAUCUGGUGGUCAAAAGCAGAGAGUUGCUAUUGCUAGGGCAGUAAUUCGUAAGCCAAUUGUGUUGAUUUUCGACGAAGCAACCUCUGCACUGGAUAAUAUUCACGAGGAAGAAGUUAAUGCAGCCAUUGACUUAGCUUCCGAAGGUUUGACUACAAUUACCAUUGCACAUCGGCUUUCAACGAUAAAAAAUUCUGAUAGAAUUAUUGUAUUGCACGAGGGGAAAAUUGUAGAAGAAGGAGUGCCGGAUGAGUUGAUAGCUGAUGCAAACGGAAUUUUCCACAAAAUGUACAAUGACCAACGCCUCGACCAACUGACUCAGCAACACCAACAGCUGCACCAGCAACAGGCAAAACCGCCAUCCCUACAGCAACAGAUGUCGUUCAGUCCUCCACCAAACAUGGAUCCCGAUCAACAACGUCGUGCAUGGGCACGCAGUUCGCUGGGUGGCAAUAAAAAAUUGGGAAAGUCGUACUCUGUAAACAGUAUGGAGAAGGAAAAACUGAAACUGCCGGUGAUGAGCAAAAAAAAGUCUGAGAGAUUAGACUACAAAUAUUCAAAAGUUCACAGUAUGGAUGUGAAACAACACACGGACAGUAUGCACGACGAUGAUGAUCUUCCUGGAAAAGAGACAAACUUCACAGUUUUAAAGGAUCUUAUCUACUCCUACAGAACAGGAUUGCCACUUUUAGCAGGUGCUAUACCAACAACAAUUGUUAGAGCAGUUUUCUACCUUCUGAUUUGUUUUCAAGUAGCGUCAGUGUUAGAGAUUUCAAUUGCUCCAGAUGAGGAGCGAGCACUUCAGAUUUUUAUUGUAGCUGCAAUUUAUACAGCUUUGAUCAUUGUCAAAACUAUUUUUGAGGCGCUUGGGCGAAUUUUCAUCGCACUUUAUGGACAUGGCUUCUGCAAAUUCAUGAGAAAUGAAAUGUUUAGAAAGGUUCUUCGCCAUGGCGCUGCAUACUUUGACGAGGAAAGAAACAGUCCAGGAAGGCUGGUUCACAAAGUGAUCAACGAGUCGUCUACGUUGAAUGAAAUUAUGGAACAAAAGCUUGAUAUGUUGAUUCCUGGUGUUGUCUGCUCGCUGUUCUCCAUUGUUUGCGCGUUAUGGAUCAACUGGAAAAUGGCUCUUUUGUGUUCCUUCCAGUUCCCAGCAUACUUUGUUAUCAGAAUAUUACAAAUCAGAGAAGGAACGAAGAGACAAAGACAAAUGGUGGAUGAAGAAAAAAAAGCUGCUAACUUAGCGUCCGUGGUGCUUGCAAACAUGAGUACAAUCAAAGCAUACAAUCUACAAUCUCAUUUUUAUAACGUUUUUUGCGAUGCUUUAAAACCAGUAUCACAAUGUAUGCAAAAACAAUCCCUUAUUUCUGCUCUUGUUUUUGCAUGUCAAUACUCGUUCACCUAUAUCCUUAUUGCAAUUACUCUUCACUUUGGAAAAGUGAUGAUGCUGGCAAACGAAAUUAGUGUAUUUGAUUAUAUGAGAGUUGUUCUGCUCACUCAGUUUGGUGCCAAUUUCUUCUCACAACUCAUCGCAUCUGUCAGUGACUUUACCAAAGCGCAGAUUGCAGCUGAAAACGUUAUGAGGGUGAUAAGAGAACCACCCGUUGACAUGGAUAACUUAUCAGAGGAAGGCUUAAGACCGAAGCUGGAAGGAAACCUCUGUCUUAAGGAUGUUUCGUUCAGAUAUCCUUCAAGACCCAUUGUACCAGUGUUGACUAACUUGAACUUGAAGGUCAGGGGUGGAGAAUCAAUUGCACUUGUAGGACCUUCCGGGUCCGGUAAAUCCUCGGUGAUUUCUUUGUUCCAACGAAUGUACAACGCCACGGAUGGUGUUGUUAUCAUUGACAAGUACAACAUCAAAUCUAUAAACCCGGCCUAUUUAAGAAGAUGCAUUGUACAAGUCGGCCAGGAACCUGAUCUUUUCUCUUUCACCAUCAAGGAAAAUAUUGCUUUUGGAAUGAUGGAAAGCGAAGCAACAAUUGAUAAAGUUAUCGAAGCUGCAAAGAUUGCGGACAUUCAUAAUUUUAUCACUAGUUUACCACAGGGCUACGACACAGAGGUUGGAGAGUUUGGUGCCCAGCUCUCUGGCGGUCAAAAACAAAGAAUUGCAAUUGCCCGUGCAAUUAUCAGAAAACCAACUGUUCUACUGUUAGAUGAGGCAACAUCGGCAUUGGAUAGCGCCAGCGAGAGAGAAGUUCAAAACGCUUUUGAACGAGUCAAGAGGAGUACGAAGACUCAAUGCACGUGUAUUCAAAUCGCUCAUCGUUUAUCAACAAUUCGAAACGUCGACAAAAUAUACGUUAUUGUUCAUGGAGAAAUUGCCGAGGAAGGUAGCCAUGAGCAGCUUAUCAACUUGAAGGGUAUCUACUACGAAAUGAAUCAAAUGACGUAAAUGAAUUUGUUUUGGCAUGCAAAAACUACACUCUGAAUCUGGAAUUCAUAAUUUGUAAAUAAUAGUUGUUAUUUUUAUAAAAAUUUUCUUAUCUGACACACUUUCUGAAAUUGAAAUUCAAUAAAAAUUCACUUU